ACACACACACAACGACGACGAGAGUACGAGACGACGCCACUCUCUCUCGUCACGACAAAAUCCAAAAAAAUAAAAAAUAAAAAGAAAUAAAAAAAAACCCUCCUCAUUUAACAGUUUCCAAAACACCAGCCAAAAAUUGUGCAUGUGUAUGUGAAUUGUCAGAGUGUAAUUAAAAAUAAAUUAAUUAAAAAAAAAAAUAAAAUAGCACAAAAAAAUAAAUAAUCAUAAAUAACAAAUAAUAAAAAAAUAUUAUCAACAAUUAGAUAAAAUUAAAAUCAUCAAAAAAGGAGUGUUUUCUCAGUGCUUUCCAUUUGUUACUUAAUUUUUUUCUCUCUCGUUAAAAAAAAAAAAAAAAAAUACAUUGACGCUGUAGGGUGUUAACUCGACAAAUAACUCAUCUGUUAAAUUGAGAGUCUUGAUAAAUCAUUUGGCAAAUCUGGAGCUAAUAUCAAAACCAGUUGGAAAAAAUUAUAAUUUAUAAAAUAUUUAUAAAUUCAUUUUUACUUGUCUAACAAUUCCCGCUAUUUUUUUUUUAUUAUUUAACUUGAAAUAAAUAAAAUUUUUACAACAAAAGACAAGUAUCAUCAAAGUGUCAAUGUAAAAAUAAUUUUGAAGUAUAAUAAACAAUUGUUGAAACAGUGAAUAAAGUGAAUAUAAUAAUUUUUCAUGUUUUUAUAUUAAUCGCAAUUAUAACUGUGUCUUUCAUUUUUUUUUUUUUCUUCAUUUUUUUGUGUGUGAUGUUGUUGAUAACCGAUUAGAGCUGAUGGUAGCCGCGCGCAUCACAUUCACCAUCGUCAUCAUCAUACACAAAAACACCACCAUUCAAUUGGAUCUAGAGAGUGAAGUUAAAUUCAAAAACAAAAAAAAUACAAAACAAUCAAAUUAAUUACAAGUGUUUAUUGUUAAAUUUAAAACAAGUGUUUUAUUAUUGUUGUUUAAUGAUUUUUUAAAAAAUGAUAUCAGUUGGUUAGCUAGAAGAUUAACGAGUGUCUCGUGGGCCAUUCACCUGAUUGUAGCUAAUUUUGCAAUGUGGAGGCGUCGUGAUAAAAAAUUAACCACACAGCAUCAAAAUAAUAUAAAAUAUAGCAACAAUUGAAUAAAUAAAUUAUUUAUAUAAAUUAAUAUUAAUUGUUUAUUAUAAUUUUUUAUUUUUUAUUUUAAAUUAUCUAGAAAAUUUGUUUAAUUUAUUCGAAAUUAUUAAUUUAUCAAAAAAAUUUACCCGCCACAGGACGGGUGGUUAUGUUUCCCACUUUCAUUGGAAUUCUAGAUAUACAAUCGUGGUGGGAGGUGCCGAGCAUCGCACAUUUCUGCUCAUUAUUCAGGGCUGCCUUCAACCUUCUGGACUUUGACAUUGAAGAUCUUGAAGAGGCUUUACUAACUGAUGGUGGUACUGAGGGACGUCUACUUCAAGAAUUAAUUGUCAAAUUGUUAGAAGGCUGUUUACCAAAUGACACAAGAAAUGGCAUAUCAACAUUUAAUUAUCAAAUGUUCUUACGACGAUUAUUUCGUCAAAAAUGCCAGGAAUACAAGUGUGAAAAUCCAUUUAACACAGACGUAGACUUUGAGCUACUACCAUUACGUCAAAAAGUUGAAAUAUUACGCGCCCUCUGCGACUUUAGGCUAGAUGCCGAGGACGUAGAGUGUGCGCUAAAUAAUUUAGACUCAGAUAGUCUACGUGUUGAACCACUUGGACAUGAUAGUAAAAAUUCAGCAUACUGGUAUUUUUAUGGUACACGUUUAUAUCGUGAAGAUUAUAUUGAUGAUGAUAUUGUAACAUCAACAACAACAACAAAAAAUAAUAAAUUACGUCAACAUAAACGUAAUUUAAAAAAUAAAAUAAAUAAUAAUACUAAAGAAAAUCAUGAUAAUAAAUUAAAUAAUUUAUUAUUUAAUAUUAAUAACGAUAAUAAACGUGAAACUGUAUGGCAAGUUGUUUGUUUUACACAACAAGAUUGGUCAAGACUUGUUGAUAAAUUAAAAAAUUCAAAUAUUGAUACUGAACGUAAAUUAUAUACAACACUUGCUGAAGAUUUUUUACCAGAAAUACCAAAAUUAUUUGAACUCAAAGAAAAACAACAACGUUGUCGUUUAUUACAACGUAACAACAAUAAUAAUAAUAACAAUAGUAAUAAUAAUAAUUCCCAUAUAUUACGUAAUAAAAAAGAAAUAAUUAAUAAUAAUAAAAAUAAUAAAAAAAAUAUCAAUAUGGUACGUGGUAAAAUAAAAUCAAAAAUAAAUAAAAAUAAUAAUAAAAAAAUUAAUAAAAAUAAAAAUGAUAGUGAUAGUGAUAGUGGUGAUGAUGAUGAUGUACCAUUAUCAUCAUCAUCAUCACAACAAAAACAACAGCCACAAAAAAAAGGUAGACAAACAAAUAAUUCAUUGGCAUCAGCUGUUGGACAAAUUGUCAUUGAUACAACACAUGAUACAGAUAAUAUUUCUGAUAAAAAAGGUACUAAAAAACAAACUAAAAGUACAUAUGCAACAUCAUAUCCUUAUACAUUUGGUAUUGAAGAAGAAGAAAGACGUGUUGGUAUGCAUAAAGUAUUAGAAAGUCUUAAAGAUCAUGAAGAUGCAUGGCCAUUUGUUGAUCCAGUUGAAGAAGAAUAUGCACCAAAAUAUUAUAGUGUUGUUAAAAAGCCAAUGGAUUUAACAACAAUGGAAGAAAAACUUGAAGGUGGUUCAUAUAAAAAUAUUAAUCAAUUUAAACGUGAUUUUCGUCUUAUUGUUGAUAAUUGUCGUCAGUAUAAUGGUUCUGAUAAUGAAUAUACAGAAAUGGCUGUAACACUUAGUGAAAUAUUUGAUCGUGCUGUUGAUCGUUAUCUUGAUUCUGAUUUAUCUGGUGAUGAUUGUAUAACUGUAUCAUCAAAAGUGACAACAUCAAGACCAACAAGAAGAUCAUCAUCACCUGCAAUUGUACAAAAUUCACGUAAACGUCAAAAGAAAAAAUCAAAUAAAGCAAUUAAAUCAAAGAAAAAUGAUAAAAAAAAUAAAACAAGUCGUAAAAAUACACGUGAUGAUGAUACAGAUAAUGAUGAUGAUGAAGAUGAUGAUGAAAAUAAUCAGGAUAACUUAAAAAGUGAUGAAAGUGAUGAAGAUAAAAUUAAUGACAAUACUCAUGAUGAGGAUGAUGAAGAUGACGACGAUGAUGAACGGGAUAAUGCAAUAUCUAAAAAUACUGUGAUAAAAACAAAACGAAAAAAACCCAAUGAAACAAAAAAAUCAUCAAAUAAAAGUAAAAAAUUAACAAAUAAAAAUGAUAAUAAAAAAAUUAAAAAAGAAACAACAAAAAAUAUAAAAGAUUCAAAAAUAAAAAGAAAAAAAAAAGAUGAUAUUGUAAAUAAUCAUGAAUCAUCAUUAUCACCAUCGCCAUCACCACCACCACCAAUUAUUAAAAAAAAUAAUAAAAAAAUAGAUAAAAAAUUAAUUGAAGAAAAUGUAUCAUUAAUUGAUAGAAUUAAAAAAAAUAAUAAAGAUAAUAAAAUUUGUAAAAAAAAAAUUAUUGAAAAAGUUAAAAUUGAGGAAAGAGAUAAAUAUGAGACUGAUGAUGAUUAUAGAUUUUCUGAUACUGAAGAAAAUGGUGGUGAAAAAAUUAAAAAACCAUUAAAACGUGAAAAUAAACAAAAAUUAUCUAAAAUUGAUAGCAAAAAUUGUCGUAAAAUUAAUAGUAAUAAUAAAAGUAAAGAUAAAAAAUUAUCAAAAUUAAAGAAAAAUAAAAAUCAUAAAAAUAAUGAUGAUAGUGAUGAUGGUGAUGAUGAUGAUGAAGAAGAAGAUGAUGCAGAUGAAAAAUAUGAAGAUGAAGAAGAUAAUAAUAAUGAUGAAAAUAAUAUAAAAAAUGGAAAACCUAAAAAAAGUACUGAAAAAAUAAAAAAUGGUACAAAUUUAAUAAAAACACUUGAUCGUUUAAAAGAUCGUAUUAGUGAACGUAAAAAAGAAGAACAAUUAAAAAAUGAACGUGAAAAACAAAAUAAACAACAAUUAUCUAAAAAUGAUAAUGAUAAUAAUAAUAAAAAAAUUAUAAAAAAUAAAAAAGUGCCUUCAAAUGGUAAUGCCAAUAAUGAUAAUCGUGUUAAUUUAAAACGUGGUAAAAUUAAAUUAUCAUCAAAUACAAAUGACACUGAUAAUAAUAAAGUAAUUGAUAAAAAAAUUGAUGAUAAUAAAAAACCUAAUGAUAAUAAUAAUAAAAAAAUUAAAAAUACCAAAGGUAAUAAAGACAAAAAUGAUGUAUAUGAUGAAUUAAAUGAAGCAACUGGUCAAACACUUCAUGAUAUGAAUUUAUGGCUUGAUAAACCACCUAAAUCACCAACAGAUGAUGUAGCUAAUGUACCAUCAUCAUCAUCAUCAUCAACAGUAACAACAACAGCAACAACAACGACAGCAGCAGCAACAACAACAACAACAGCAUCAUCAACGGCAACAUCAACAACAUUAUCAACAACUGAUUCAGCAUUACGUGCAGUAACACAAAAAAUAAACCAAGAUUUUGCAUCACGUAAAAGGCCAAAUUCAAUUAAAACACUUUUCGGUCCAAAUGGACCAUCCCGGCCAAAAAAAAUCCAAAGAACAAUUGACAGAUUACAACCAGGUAAAAGUAAGGGUAAUUUAUUAUUAAAAAAACCAUUGACAACAAAUACAAGUACAAGUUCUGAUGUAGCAUCAUUAAAUCAAUCGACAUCUGAUAAUGAACAAUCAAUUCGUGAUACAUGUGAUGAGCCAAAAUUAAGUCUUGGAUCAGUACUUAAAAAUGCUGAUUCAAUACAAUCAAUUUGUAAAAGUGUUGUACCAUCACCAAAUUCACAUUGUUCAAAUGAUGAAGAUGAUGAACAUCCAAAAAGUCCAUUAUUAAAUUCAAAUAGUAUUAAUAAAAAUAUUGAUAAAUCAAAAGAAUUAAAUUUACAUAAUGAUAAUAAAAAUGAUGAUAAUGAUGAUAAAUUAAAUAUAAAAGAUAAUGAACAAUUAAAAGAAUCAAAAUCAGUUAGACCAAAUUUAAGUGCAUGGUUCAAGGCAUUUGGUGCACCAAAAUCAAAGAAAAAAGAAGAACCUGAUAUAUCAAUUGAUGAACAAUUAAAAAAAGAUGAUAUUGUUGUUGAAUUACCAACUCCAUCAGCAAUACAAUCACGUCAACGAAGAUUAAGUGCUGGUGGUAGUAGUGUCAGUGAAUCUGUAUCAAGUUUUUCACAAGAAUCACCACCAGGUUUAACAAUUAAAUCACCACAAAGUCAACCGUUAACACCAGCUGGUAUUGAACAACAGCCAAUACGUGCUGGUUUUUAUCAAGAUGCAUUGUCAACUGGUAGUAGUCCAUAUAAUAGUCCUUAUUAUCAUACACCACCAAGAUAUUCAGCUCAAUUACCACCAACUCCAUCACCACAAAAUCAUCCAUUAUCACCAGCUUAUCCUUCAUCAGCUGCAUAUGAACAAAAUCCACUUUAUCCACAAGCUGUUGUUUCACAAUCAUCACAUUCGGUUUAUCAAAAACCAUCAACACCUGAAAAUACAUCAGAAAUUUACAAUGAAAAUUAUUCACAAAUACCAGUUGCAAAUCAACAACAAGUAGUAUCACCCCAACAACAACAUUCACCUUAUUCACAAGCUUUAUCACCUCAAGCACCACCACCAACAUACUCACAACCUCAACAAUCACCACAACAACAACAACCACAUUCACCAUAUUCACAAACAUCACCAAAACCACCACCUCCAAAUUAUUCACAAUUAUCACCACAUUCUCCAUUGCCUUAUUCACAACCAUCACCACAACAACCAAAUUCACCAUACUCACAAACAUCACCAAAACCACCACCUCCAAAUUACUCACAAUUAUCACCACAUUCACCUUUGCCUUAUUCACAACCAUCACCACAAUUUACACAACCAUCACCACAACCACCACCAAGUUAUUCACAACCAUCACCCCAAACUCCAGCGAGUUAUUCACAACCAUCACCUCAAACACCAGCAAAUUAUUCUCAACCUUCACCACAACCACCUGCAAAUUAUUCACAACCAUCGCCUCAAACACCGGCCAAUUAUUCUCAACCUUCGCCUCAAACACCGGCCAACUAUUCACAGCCUUCGCCUCAAGCACCGGCAAAUUAUUCUCAACCUUCUCCACAAACACCUGCAAAUUAUUCUCAACCCUCACCUCAAACUCCUGCAAAUUAUUCUCAACCCUCACCUCAAACACCUGCAAAUUAUUCGCAACCUUCUCCACAACCACCAACUCCAAAAUUCUCUGAACCAUCACCACAACCACCUCCAGCAUACUCUGCACCAUCGCCUCAAGCUCAGCCACCACCAACAAAUUAUUCACAACAAUUAUCACCAUCACCAUCAGUGGCAGCAGCAGCGGUUGUUCCUUCACCACUACCUCUAUCACUACCACCACCACCAUCAUCAUCAGCAAGUGUUAUUUAUGAUUCACCAAGAAAUUAUCAUCAACCUUCGCCACAAACUGUUUUACCAUCACCACCACCAUCAUCAGUGUCAACAAAAACAUUGUCAAAUUAUUCACAAUCAUCAUCAAGAACAACAAAUACAACGACAACAACAACAACAACAUCAACAAAAUCAAUACCAGAUGAUUAUCCGACAAUUGUGCCAGGUGCAUAUUCACAAGGAUUUAAAUCAAAUCAUCCAACUUAUGUACAUCCAAGUGGCAUUGAAGCAAGUAGAAAUUUUGCAAAUGAUACAACACCACUUGGUUUAAGUGCAAAUCAUCAAAGUUCAUUGUAUUCAUCUAAUCAAUUACCACCAUCGUAUGUUAAUAAUUUUACAACAUCAAGUGAUCCACAAAGAACAAUAACAAAUCGUAUUAAUACACAAGAAUCUCAACAAUCAACAAGUGGUGCAUUGAAAUUUAGUGUACCAUCAAGACAAGAACAAUCACAAUUAUUAAAUUUCCAACAAAAUUUAAGUAAUCAUGAGGGUAUUUAUCAAGCAGCUGGUGGUUUUCAAGCACCACCAUAUCCAAUGCCAAAUACAACAUGUCGUCCAGUAUAUCCAAGUCCUCAUUAUUAUGAUACAAGUUCAAAAACAUCAUCAGGCACAAAUUCAUCAGUAUUACCACCAGUUAAAAAACGUAUGUAUACUGAACCAACAAAUGAAACAACAAGAUCAUCAGCAUUAUCAUCAGAACCACCACCACCACUUCCACUAAGAUCAGAACAAUUUUCUUAUGAUCAAAUGAUGAAUUUAGCUGGUACAGAUACAAUUGGACAAUUUGACAGUAGUUAUGGUGUACUUGGUGAUGCAGUUGGUAAUAAUCCAGCUUAUAGAAUUGGUCUUGGUAGACCAACAAAAGAACAACAACAAUUAUUAACAAUUCCACGACCAUCAAGCAAGGAUAUUAAUUAUUCACGGGAACUUGAUUUAAAUUUAUAUCAAAGUAUGCAAAAUUCAGCUAAAAAUUUACAAACAUUACCAUCAAUACGUCGUGAAACAAUACAAACAGUACAACAACCACCACCGGCACCACUUGCACCGCCAGUAGUUGUCAAGAAAAAACGUGGUAGAAAGCCAGCAAGUCAUCAUCAAGCAGUAGCAGCGGCGGCGGCAGCAGCAGCAGCUGCAGCUGCUCAACAGCAACAACAACAACAACAACAGCAGCAACAACAACAACAACAGCAACAACAAGUAACAUCAGGCCAAUCAAGUGUACAUACUGAUAGUCAAGUUAGUCAAUUACCAGGAUUUCCACAAUAUCCACCAGUUGAUAAAAAUCAAUCAACAAUACCACCAAGUGGAUCAGCAUUUAAUUUUGCAGCACCACCAGGUGCAACAAAUAGUUCACCAUUUUAUGAAAAAGAUCCAUUAUCAGCAGCAGCUGCAUAUACAUUUUUCAAUGAAUUACGUGAUUCAAAUAAUUAUUACAGUAUUCAACAGCAACAACAACAACAGCAGCAGCAACAACAGCAACAACAACAGCAACAACAAGCUACACCUGUUUCUGAAUCAUCACAACAAAAACAAUUGAAUAAUCAGUCAUCAAGAAAUUUUGCAACUCAACCACCACCACCACCACAUCCAUUUUUACAUUCAACACAAAGAUCAACAGCUUAUGGACCACCUGUACCACCAUAUGUACCGCCACAUGGACCACCAAAUAUUGCACUUGAUCCAGCUUAUGCGCAAUAUUUAAAUUAUUAUACAAUGGGACAAGCAUCACAUCCACACAGAUCUGGCUGGCCCUAGCCCACAAAUAAAAUCAUUAAAAUAAUUAACUAAUAUUAAUUAAUACAAAAGACAAUUUUAUAUUCAAGUGAAAAUUAGAAAUAGCAUUUUUUUUUUUUGUUUUUUUAUCAAGUGCAACAUUCAUAUUUUUAUCAUGUGUCAAUAUUAUUAAUAAUUAGAUUUUUUUUUUUGUUUUUUUUUUUAUGCUUGUUAAUUUAUCUCGGUGACCGUUUCUUUUUUAUUAUUAUUUUUUAUAGUUUUUUUUACUUAGAGAAAGCUCUCUGAUAAGUAUGAUAAAUCAUGUAUAUUUUUUCUUUUUUUUUCUCUUUUUUUUUUGGCAAUUUUUCUUCGUGUAAUUAUAUAGAUUAAUGGAUAUAUAUAUAUUGUAUUAGAGAUUAUUUAAUAUAUCAAAGUCAUCGAGAAUAUUUUCAUGCAUUUAUUUUAGAAUUUAAUUAUGACUUUUCGAUUUUUUUUAUGUAAUAUUGACAGACUUAGGGUUAAUGUUAAACAGACUAAGUUAAAAGAGAAAAUUAACUUAAUUAUUUAUGGAAAAGAUAAUAAAAAAAAAAUCAUAGAAUUUUAUACAAUAAAAAAUAUUAUAGGAAAUUUUGUUGAACAGGUAAAGUCCAGGGUAAAAACAUUUGACAAAAUAAUUAAUUGGUAAUACCUGAACGUUGCCUGAUAAACACGAUGG